AUGUCUCUUGCUACUGUGCCCACUUCCUCACUAUUGUCAGAGUUGCAAAAACGCAUCGAGUGCUCGAAGAAGAAAGAACGUCGCACCAUUUUUAUUGGACCCCCUGGAUGUGGUAAAGGCACGCAGUCACCUCUGGUAAAGGAAGAGUACUGUUUAUGUCAUUUGGCCACUGGUGACAUUCUCCGCAACGCUGUGGCUGCCGGUACUGACAUGGGGAAGAAGGCAAAAGCUGCCAUGGAAUCUGGUGCUCUCGUAACCGAUGAGAUCGUGGUCGGUAUUAUCAAGGACGCGAUCAAGAACCCUGAGUGCCGUCGUGGCUUUAUUCUCGACGGUUUUCCACGCACAGUCGUGCAGGCUAAAAAGCUGGAUGAGAUGCUGGCAAAGGAAAAUACGUCAGUAGAUGCCGUGGUGAACUUUGACAUUCCUGACGAAGUAUUAGUGGAGCGCAUUGCUGGUCGUCGUGUGCACCCGGCCAGCGGUCGCAGCUACCACGUCAAGUUUGCUCCGCCUAAGGUUGAGGGCAAGGACGAUAUCACGGGUGAACCUCUGAUCCAGCGCAAGGAUGACAACGAGGCUACGUUGGGCUCGCGUCUCGAAGCUUUUCACAAACAGACAAAGCCCGUGAUUGACUUCUAUCGUAAGCAAGGCAAGCUCGCUGAGGUGAAUGCUCACACAGAUAUGUCCAAGGUCACGGAGCAAAUUCGCAAGACCCUUGGUUCGGACUAG